AAUGAGCCCAGGAACAAGAUCCUUCAUGGAUUUUUUUUUUUUUUUUUUGGGCAAAGGAUCCUUCAUGGAUUUAGUUUGUAUUUUUAUUCAAAAUUUAAGAGACCAUCAUCACACAUUCACACCACACACUGCUUGCACGAGUAAUCAGUAGUAACAAGCAGAGGGUAACACAGCAGUGUGCAAGAGUAAUUGUUAACGAGGAAAAUCUGUGUGUGUUUUUUAAUUUCUUUCUAGAUAGUACUGUUUGUCUGAAAAUCUUUAGAACCAGUGCGAUUAGUCACAUACUUAAAAGUAUUGUUUAAUCUAAAUGACAGUUAUUGCUUGUAAAUCUAAAAUACGAUUGGUAAUUCAAAAAAAUCAUACUACCAUGGUUAACCGACCAGAGUCUAUGCUUGACUUCCAAGUCACAUGAUCAAUUUAGUGAGCCGAGCCUAGCUCUCACACCAGCUGGAGUUUUACAUCGAGAACAACAAUGUUGACGUCAGAUCCAACGGCUGAGAGCGACCGAACACCCUAUCUUUUCUUACUUCAUCAUAUCUGUCUUCGUAGUACCAAAAAGAAACAAUAUAGAAAUAACAAAUAAAACGUAACGAUAAAGAGAGAAAGAGAAGCUCGAAAACUGAUAAAAAAGAAGAAGAAGGAGAAAGGCAGGGCUGAUCCACCAUUAAUGCCACCACUACCAUCCAACGGCAACGCUUUUUCUCACACUCUCUCAUGUUGAGACUUGAGAACCAAUAGAAUAAAAAGUGUGAUAUAUAGCUGGAGAUUGCUUAAAGGUUCCCAUUUUUGGUUCUCUCUACAAAAUCACAACUCAAUCAUGGGGGCUUGCUUGAGUGCUCAGGUCAAAGCUGAGAGCCCAGGAGCGAGUCCGAAGUUCAAAGAUACUGGUAGUCUUGGGAGUAAGGGUUCAUCUGUGUCUGUAAGACCAACCCCUAGAAGUGAGGGUGAGAUCUUACAGUCACCAAACCUCAAGAGUUUCAGCUUUGCUGAGCUCAAAUCCGCAACUAGGAACUUCAGACCAGACAGUGUGCUUGGUGAAGGUGGAUUCGGUUGUGUCUUUAAAGGAUGGAUUGAUGAGAAGUCUCUCACGGCUACAAAACCAGGCACCGGUUUGGUUAUUGCUGUUAAAAAGCUUAACCAAGAUGGUUGGCAAGGUCACCAGGAGUGGCUGGCUGAAGUGAAUUACCUAGGUCAGUUUUCUCAUGGACACCUCGUGAAGCUGAUAGGUUAUUGCCUAGAGGAUGAGCACCGUCUUCUUGUUUACGAGUUCAUGCCACGUGGUAGCCUAGAGAAUCAUCUUUUCAGGAGGGGUUUGUAUUUCCAACCGUUAUCUUGGAAACUCCGUUUAAAAGUUGCUCUUGGUGCUGCAAAGGGACUUGCUUUUCUUCACAGCUCCGAGACAAGAGUGAUAUACAGAGACUUCAAGACUUCUAACAUCCUUCUUGAUUCGGAGUAUAACGCAAAGCUUUCUGAUUUUGGGUUGGCCAAGGAUGGUCCAAUAGGAGAUGAAAGUCAUGUCUCUACACGUGUCAUGGGUACACAUGGAUAUGCAGCUCCUGAGUACCUCGCAACCGGUCAUCUAACAACAAAGAGUGAUGUCUAUAGCUUCGGGGUUGUACUUCUGGAGCUGUUGUCUGGUCGUCGAGCCAUGGACAGAAACAGACCGUCUGGAGAGAGGAACCUUGUGGAGUGGGCUAAACCAUACCUUGCCAACAAAAGAAAGAUAUUCAGAGUAGUUGAUAAUCGUCUUCAGGACCAGUUCUCUAUGGAAGAAGCAUGUAAAGUGGCUACUCUGUCUCUGAGGUGUCUUACUACAGAGAUUAAGCUUAGACCAGAUAUGAAAGAAGUGGUUUCUCAACUUGAGCAUAUUCAGUCUCUAAAUGCUUCUAGAGGAGGAAACGUGGAUAGGACAGAGAGAAGAGUGCGUAGGAGAAGUGACAGUGUUGUUACCAAAAACCUUGAUGCAGGUUUUGUUAGGCAGACCGCUGUGGGCUGUACAGUUGUCGCUUAUCCUCGCCCAUCUGCUUCGCCGCUGUAUGUCUGAAGAGUAAUAACACGUCUGUGUUCUUGAUUAAGCUUUUGCAGAACAUGUAAGUUCCUAAUAUUAUGUCAUGUCUUGGAUUUGGUUGUACACUUGUCUGUUAGUGCAAGAAUUCAGUUCAUACAGUCCAUCUCUGCUUACAGGACAACAAACAAUUAAUUUUGAUCUUUGUAACAUGACUA